AUGGCCAAAGGAGAAGGCGCCGAGAGUGGUUCCGCAGCGGGGCUGCUGCCCACGAGCAUCCUUCAAACCGGUGAUCGCCCGGCCCAGGUAAAGAAGGAACCAAAGAAAAAGCCACAACAGUUAUCCAUUUGCAACAAGCUUUGCUAUGCUGUUGGAGGAGCCCCCUACCAGGUGACAGGCUGUGCUCUGGGGUUCUUUCUGCAGAUCUACCUGUUGGAUGUAGCUCAGAAGGACACCAGUCUAUCUUUUGCUUUUUCUUUUCAGGUGGACCCUUUCAAUGCCUCCAUUAUCCUGUUUGUGGGCCGGGCCUGGGAUGCCAUCACAGACCCCCUCGUGGGCUUUUGCAUCAGCAAAUCCCCUUGGACCCGCCUGGGCCGCCUCAUGCCCUGGAUCAUAUUUUCUACCCCUUUCGCCAUUAUUGCCUACCUCCUCAUUUGGUUUGUGCCUGACUUUAAGAAGGACCAGACUCUGUGGUACCUGCUUUUCUACUGCCUCUUUGAGACAUUGGUGACGUGUUUCCACGUUCCCUACUCAGCCCUCACCAUGUUCAUCAGCACGGAGCAGAGUGAACGGGAUUCUGCUACUGCGUACCGGAUGACCGUGGAAGUUUUGGGCACAGUGCUGGGCACAGCAAUCCAAGGCCAAAUCGUGGGUCAGGCAGAUACACCUUGUCUCCAGGACUACAAUAGCUCAGCGCUGGCUUCAGAAGUUGUCGAACACACAAACAGCACCACUUCACUCCAAAAAACGCAAAAUGCAUACCUUCUGGCAGGAGGAGUCAUUGCAUCCAUCUAUGUCAUCUGUGCUAUCAUCUUAACCCUAGGGGUGCGGGAACAGAGAGAACCCUACAAGACCCAGCAGGCUAAGCCCAUGUCCUUCUUCCGCGGCCUCCGACUGGUCAUGAGCCACGGCCCAUAUGUCAAGCUCAUCGCUGGUUUUCUCUUCACAUCCCUGGCCUUCAUGCUGGUAGAGGGGAACUUCGCCUUGUUUUGUACCUACACCUUGGGCUUCCGUAAUGAAUUCCAGAAUCUACUGCUGGCCAUUAUGCUCUCAGCCACAUUCACCAUUCCCAUCUGGCAAUGGUUUCUCUCCCGGUUUGGCAAGAAGACAGCUGUAUACUUUGGAAUCUCAUCAGCAGUACCAUUUCUGAUCUUGGUGGCCCUCAUGGAGAGCAACCUGAUUGUCACUUAUGUGGUAGCCGUGGCAGCUGGUGUCAGUGUGGCAGCGGCCUUCUUGCUGCCCUGGUCCAUGUUACCUGACGUCGUCGAUGACUUCCACCUGAAGCAGCCUCACACUCAUGGAACUGAGCCAAUCUUCUUCUCCUUCUAUGUCUUUUUCACCAAGUUCGCCUCAGGAGUGUCAUUGGGCAUCUCUACCCUCAGUCUUGACUUUGCUGGGUACCAGACUCGUGGCUGCAACCAGCCGGCACGUGUCAAAUUUACACUGAAGAUGCUAGUGACCAUGGCUCCCAUAGUCCUCAUUCUGCUGGGCCUCUUGCUCUUCAAGCUGUACCCCAUCGACGAAGAGAAACGGAGGCAGAACAAGAAGGCCCUGCAAGCUCUGAGGGACGAGGCCAGCAGCUCGGGCUGCUCUGACACAGACUCCACAGAGCUGGCCAGCAUCCUCUAG